AUGGCUCCUGCUGGCGGCGGCGGCCCUGCGGCGAGGAAGAUGGCGCCGUCGCACGUCCUCCGCUGCUGCCAGCGGGUGCUGGCGUGGGUGCCCGUGGCCUUCAUCGCCCUGGUCGUGGCCUGGUCUUACUACGCCUACGUGGUGGAGCUGUGCGUGUUUACAAUUACCUCUACUGGAGAAAAAGUUUUCUACCUUGUGGUUUUUCAUCUGUCGUUUGUCAUGUUUGUGUGGUCCUAUUGGAAGACAAUUUUUACAUCUCCCGCCUCCCCUUCCAAUGAGUUCUGUUUAUCCAAAUCUGAUAAAGAGCAAUAUGAAAAGGAAGAAAGACCAGAAUCCCAACAGGAAAUUCUGAGAAGAGCCGCUAAAGACCUUCCCAUUUAUACCACAACAGCGUCAAGAGCCAUAAGAUACUGUGAUAGAUGCCAACUAAUCAAGCCUGAUCGAUGUCACCACUGUUCUGCCUGUGACCUGUGUAUAUUGAAAAUGGAUCAUCACUGUCCUUGGGUGAAUAACUGCGUGGGAUUUUCUAACUACAAGUUUUUCCUCUUGUUUUUAUUUUACUCCCUCCUGUAUUGUCUGUUUGUUGCUGCUACAGUUCUGCAGUAUUUCAUAAAGUUUUGGACACUUUGCCGCAGGAAAUCUGCUGAGAAUUGUCCAAAGAAUGAAUUGCUAGACACACGUGCAAAAUUCCACGUCCUCUUCCUUUUCUUCGUGGCUGCCAUGUUUUUCAUCAGCAUACUAUCACUUUUUAGCUACCACUGCUGGCUGGUUGGCAAAAACAGAUCAACAAUAGAAGCCUUCAGGGCGCCCAUGUUUCGAAAUGGACCAGACAAAAACGGCUUCUCUCUCGGAUGCAGUAAAAACCUGAGACAAGUUUUUGGAGACGAAAAAAAGUAUUGGUUGUUGCCUGUUUUUACAAGCUUAGGAGAUGGCAGCAACUUUCCAACUCGCCUAGUAAAUAUGGAUCCAGAGCAGGUUACUGUCUCAAGCCAAAAUGAACCCGCCAAAAGCCCUGGCCCCAGUCAGCCCUUUCCUACUAGACCACUCAGUGAGUCCCAAAAUCGAUUGCUAGCCAGUGAAAACCAGUGGCCGGAAGUCAGCUUGGAAGAAGAAAAUGUUAAAUCAGAUGUUAAAAAGCAUAUUAUUGUUACAUUGGAAAGCUGAUCCUGGUUUCCCUAUCUAACCCUCAUAAGAAGAGGAAACAAUGGUUUCUACAAUACAUUUGUGCUUGGAUAUUACUUAAUUUUGUAUGGGAGACACUGAUAUAUCAAUGGAACAGUGCAAAGCAUGUUAACAGGAUAUGAAAAAUGAAAUCCUUGUAUGGUGUACAAUGGAUGCUCAUAAGCACUA